AUGAAAGGUGGAGCAGCUGUUUAAUAAGUCGUUGCGAUUGAUAAGAUAUAAAUAUUAUUGAAUAAGAUUUUUGCAUAUAACAAUUUAGCAGAGAGUAAGGCUAAAGGAAUGUGUCCAAAUAUUUUUAUCAGGUAAAAAUAUUUAUACCAUUCCUAGGUAGCAAGAUAUAAUGGAGAAAUUAUAUAUACUGCAAAGAAUGGGAGUAAGUGACGAGAUUUUUGUGACGGGGUUUAUUUUGGUCGAUCGAUUGACAACAAUGAACGAGUUUUACCUCAACCGAAGAAAUAUUUACAAGUACUUUGUAACAUUUAUGUUUGGAAAGCCUUCUUAUGGCAGCCUUGAUUCUGUGUCUGAAGAUGUACGACGAUAACCAAACAGUUUCUAACACCUACCCAAUCAUUUUUGAAACCAAUCGAGAGAGCCUCAAGAAAAUGGAGAAGAAAUUCUUGAAGCUGAUUAAUUACCAACUGUAUGUUAAAACAGAGGAAUUUUACAACUACAGAGCGCGGUUACUAAAAUUAAAAGAAUGAAUGGUUUGCAAAAACAUAACACUCAUUAGAG